CUUCUACUCUCUCUCUUUCCUUCUACUCUCUCUCUCUCUUCCUUCUACUCUCUCUCUCUUUUCCUUCUACUCUCUCUCUCUCUCUCUUCCCUUCUUACAUCACUUUCGAAACGUCAUCAAAACCAGUGAACUACGUUUACCACACAGCAAGACGGUUCUUUAUGGUGUCGGGGUUUCUGAGGCGAACAUUAAAGGUCGGUUUUGCUUGUGGCACCGUUGCUACAACCGCAGUCCUGCUCCAAAAGAAUGGCUGGGAAGUGUCAUCCCUCGGUGUCUUUCGAUUCAGCAGGGCAGGGUUCGCUGCUUUGUACCUUGCUUGUGACUACAAAAUCUCCCUAUGGAACCUAGACCCAAAUGCCAAAGAUUAUGAAGCAAUUAAGUCAAGCAUCCACACCAGGUCUGCAGAGAGACUACGCAACGUCUGUUUGGAAAAUGGUGGUGUUUUCAUCAAAGUGGGUCAGCAUAUUGGAUCUUUGGACUACCUGUUGCCCAAGGAAUACGUAAGCACAAUGGCAUUGCUCUAUGACAAGGUACCUAUCACCCCAGUUGAUAAAAUGUUCGCCGUUUUCAAAAAGGAAUUCAAUCAAGAGCCCAAAGAUGUGUUCUCCUACAUUGACCCCAACCCAAUUGGCUCAGCAUCCCUGUCUCAGGUCUACAAGGCACAGUUGAAAGAUGGCACAGACGUCGCCGUGAAGAUCCAAUACCCUCAGGUGAAAGCAAGGUCAUACGUUGACAUUAAGACCAUGACGUUUUUAGUGAAGGCCAUAAAAUACAUUUUCCCUGGUUUUAAAUACACUUGGUUGGCUCAAGAAACCGAGAGGAAUCUGCCACUGGAAUUGGAUUUCCUUCAAGAAGGCAAAAACUGUGAAAAAGUCUCCAAAAUGCUUCAACAUUUCAGUUUUUUAAAAAUUCCCAAGAUAUACUGGAAGUAUUCUUCUGACAAGAUUCUGACCAUGGAAUUCUGCCAAGGUACAGCCAUUGAUGAUCAGGAUUUCAUGAAGAAUAACAAAAUAUCAGUGAAUGAGGUCUCCCAAAAGCUUGGUGAGGUGUUCAGCGAAAUGAUUUUCACCCAUGGCUAUGUUCACUGCGACCCACAUCCUGGUAAUUUACUCGUUAACAAAAUGAAGAACGGAACCACACAAAUAACCCUUUUAGAUCACGGCUUGUAUCAGACUCUCUCCGAUGAGUUCAGGCUGAACUACUCCCAUCUCUGGAUGUCCCUCAUCAAUGCCGAUGUCGCAGCCAUUCGCCAGGCAGCCUCCAAUCUCAACUGUGGUGAGCUCUAUGGCCUCUUCUCCUGCAUCGUCACCGCAAGAUCCUGGGACGCAAUUCUACACGGUAUUAAGAAGAAACCAACAUCACAAUCAGAGAUGGAGCAAAUCCAAGACAAUGCAACCAGGUACAUCGUGGAAAUCUCGGACGUCCUCAACCGGAUCCCUCGCGAAAUGUUGCUCGUCCUAAAAACCAAUGACGUCUUACGUGGCAUCGAAUCCAAGCUUCAGAUCAGCAAAGGGGCCGAAUCGUUUCUUGCGAUGUCUCGAUAUUGCGUACGAACCAUUGCUGAAGCUGAAGAAUUCUUCUGCGACUCAAUCAUGUGUAAACUCAAAGUUAGGCUCCGACUCAGCUGGUAUUUGCUGAAAAUCCGUCUCAUUGGAUUUUAUCUACGAUUCUUUAAUUUCUAGAAUAUUCAGAUCAUAAACCUUCUUUCAUGCAUUUACUGGUUUCGGUCAUCAGACUUUGGCCAUGCUACAGCACCGCCUUUACGGGUUUUAGUUGUUUGAUUGAUCACCAGUACCUAUUUUACGGCAGCGUGCUGGCAGAAUCUUUAGCAUGCCAGGCAAAAUGCUUUCUGGCAUUUCCUUGUGCUCUACUUUGUCAGUUCAAAUACCACCAAGGUCGACUUACUCUUUCGUCCUUUCAUGGUUGUUAAAAUUAAGUACCAGUUGAGCGCUGGAGUCAAUUUAAUUGACUUACCCCACUCCUCCUAACAUUGCUGGCCUUGAGCCAAAAUUCAAAACCAUUUUAUUUGCCUCCUGUUAUCGAGUGGCUAAGUUGUAUAUUUCAUGCAAGGGGACAUAACUUGAUGUCGGUAAACGUAAACACAGAUGUAGACACAAACAACAACACACAUAUCUGUGGCCUCCGUAUGCGUCUUGUAAAACUAUGAGGCUUUUGUACCUAGAAAAUUCCUCUUUUAGGUGCAAGAGUUUCAUCGGAAGAUUUUGGUGGGGUGGGACUGGCCUCUUGUUGCCCAUACAUGUCUCCCCUCUGCACACAUCCAAUGAUAUCCAAGAGAAAAUGGCAAUGGCUGACACAGUUCUUAGCAAGUGGAGUCACAGGUGUUGCAGUCUUAGUCAGCAAACAAAAUGCAGGAACAGCCACUGCAAGUCAUGCUGUCCGACACUUUGACAGUUUCCUUAAUCUAUUACCUUGGUCUGACUUUGUUUUUAUAAAUGCUAGCCCCACUAAAAGAUGCAAGGCAUUAUUGGUUUCAGUGGAAUUUGAACUGAGACUGCAAGGAACAGGAAAAAUAACUGCAAAGUCUUUUAUCCUAAUCUCUAAUGACUUUAAUGAUUGAGGACAAUACACUGAAACACUUAGGUCAUGCAUGUAUACAUUAUAAUACAUGCAUGAAUGCAUACAUGCAACUAUGCGUGUAUAAGAAAAUGAGAUGACACUGG